GAAACAAGUCCAUAGUUUAAUAGUACUCAUAAUAAUAAUAAUAUAAACUGUAAAAUACAUAAAACUUAACGUGAAACCAAGUCCAGGCCGAGCAAAACAAAUUACGUGACAAAGUGCAAAAAAUCUAUAAGAGAAAAGCGAGGAAAAACUGUGAAACGGAACUGGGCUGAGGAAAACAAGCCAAGGAAAAUAGCAGGGCAACAAAUCAGAGCGAAACCUUGAUUGUAACGGCAACGGCAACGCAACAACGAACGCAAAAUACCUUCAAUUGUGGCAAAGUGAGUUUCGGCCAGGCCAGCGAGCGCUCAGAGCCAAGCCGACACAAGUUAUAUAAGUUGCGCAGAAGGGUAUAGAGGAGGAAAGGAGGCUGUCGAGGAUGCCCGCCAGUCGCAGCCGGCACGCUAAAGGGCACGCUUCCAAAAACACCAAAGAGCAAGCAGAGCCAGCAGAGGCAUCAGGAGCAAGAGCAGAAGCAGAAGCAGAAGCCGGAGCAGGAGCAGGAGCAGGUCCUGGAACCGGAGCUAGAACUGAAGCUGGAGCAGCCGUACUCUCAAGGCAACUCAUGUCAAUGUCAAAGUUGAAGUAAAACUACUUGGAGGAGUUGGAAGAGGAGAACAAGGAGAACAAGGAGCAAAGCUAAAGCAUUUUACUGCAGACGACGCUGGAGUCGAUGUCAAAGAAGGUUGUGCUAUAUCUACAUAGUAAAUACAAAACAAAUUUAAAACAUAAGAAACAGAAACGGGAUUCAAGAGCAGCAGGCGUAGGAGGUGCCCCACAAACCCCACAAAGGAUUCCGAGACCCGAAUCGAAGGCCAGAACCAAACCAAACACAAUAUAAGAGCAGACCGACCCCGAGGUGUGGGGUGUGGACAACGCGGGGUCUGUUGAACAGGCAAUUUAUAAGAUUUGAUCCGCCAGGCGGCCAAACUGGCAACUGCCGGCAGACUCGGGGAGCGGACACGGCAACGGAGACGAAGACGGUGACGGAGACGGCGACGGAGUCAGAGUCGGAUUCGGCCCACAAGGAAAGAGCAGAACCGAGCAGGAACCAUGUCUGUGGACUUUAUACUGCCCAAUCGGAACAAGAUACAAACGAUUGCCUACGCGAGUGCCAGCAGGAAGUAUGCCGCGGCGGCAUCCCCUGCCUCGACCGGAUCCGGAAGCAGCAGCAGCGAGCUGCAGAGCUGGCGGCGACCGAAACCGAGGAACGGCAGCAAACUAAGGCUGGAGGACAGGUCCUCAUCCUCGGUGCUGCGCAAUGCCAAUGGGAAUGUACAUGCCAGUGGAAAUGGAAAUGGGAACGGCAGCAAGUCAUCGCUCAAGUCGCUGACCAAACGCUCCUCCAGAUCCCUGCUGAAGCGUGAGGUAAUCGAGCUGGACGACGAGGCUGACCGGGAGGAGGGACCCGCCGGCGAGGAGCAGCUGUGCGAGCACUUGGAAUGGUCCGCCGCCCAAUCCCUAGUGCAGAUGACCUCCUCCAAGCAGGAGAAGCAGCGUCGCCUGGGAGGGGGAUCAUCGGGCGGUGCUAGUGGCACCACAGGAACCGCAGCGGCAGCCACAGUCUCCGCCUCAGUGUCGGUGCGCCGUCCAGUGGCCGCCGGGCGGGCCCCGGCCGAGGACGGAAAGGUGAUCUUCUAUGCACCGCCAGCCAGUGCCUGCGGGGCUGCCCGUCAGCCGGAGCCGAUGUCCGUGAAGCGCCAGCGCGAGCAACAAGUGGCCGCAAAUGCCUCCGCAGCGGCUCCGGCCACAUCGAUCUACCGCGGACGCAGCGCAGAAGAGACGGAGGCCGCCCACGAUCUGUUGUCGCUGUCCCAGAGCCUGCCACCGCUCAUACCGCCCUGCGUGGUGACUAUCAUGAAGCAGGAGCAGGAGCACCUCAAGUCGUCGGCGGAGCACUUGCCGAUUAUGCAGGAGAUCUCGAACGCUUCCAACAAGUCGCAGUCGAACAUCCGGUUCAUCGGCAGCAGUUCGUACGACAUGAUGAACGGCACGCCCGAGGCCUCGAACAACUGCUCGCCACUGACGCCGCCCAACUCCGAUCACAGCUCGGAUGUGGACAUUGACAUGUCUUCCUCGUCCGAAUCCGGCCAGAUGCACUGGGGCAAGCAGCCGCACCAGCCGCCGCAGCAGCAGCGGGCCUCGACCCUGAAGAUGUGCCUAAACAUGAUGGACGGGCGCACCAAGGCCAGCAAGGCAGCGGCUGGCAAGGACCGGGAGCAGCUGCACCAGCGUCCAAAGAGCUCCAGCAGCAACGCCUCAGGGGGCGCAGGAAGCGGUGUCGCAGACGGACGUGCAGCGGCUGUGGCCGGUGCCGCAGCUGCAGCCGGAGCCGGACCCAGUGGCAAUGGGGAGAACUACGCCAAGCGAAAGCGCGGAUGCUACAAGUGCUCCGAGUGUGGCAAGCAGUACGCCACCUCCAGCAACCUGUCGCGCCACAAGCAGACGCACCGCUCCCUGGACUCGCAGUCGGCCAAGAAGUGCAAUACCUGCGGCAAGGCCUACGUGUCCAUGCCGGCCCUGGCCAUGCACCUACUAACGCACAAACUCUCGCACAGCUGCGACAUCUGCGGCAAGCUCUUCUCGCGCCCCUGGCUGCUCCAAGGCCAUCUGCGCUCCCACACCGGCGAGAAGCCCUAUGCCUGUGUCCAUUGCGGCAAGGCCUUCGCGGACCGCUCCAACCUCCGCGCUCACAUGCAGACGCACUCUGGCGACAAGAACUUCAAGUGCCACCGCUGCAACAAGACGUUCGCGCUCAAGUCGUAUCUGAACAAGCACCUGGAGUCGGCCUGCCUCAGGGAUGCGGGAGCCAUAGGGCAGGGCAAGGGCGACGACUACGAUUGCGACUUGGACGACGACGAUGAGAUGAUGGGAAAGCUUGAGCACGAUCAGGACGAGUUCGACGGCGAUGAGAUGGACAGUGAUGAGACUAGUCAGGAUAUUGAGGUGGCUUAGGUGGAUCUCGAUGCGGCGAUGCGAUCGAAGUGUAGAUGGAGAUGGAGAUGGAGAUAGACAGUGAUGAGACUAGUCACAGGAUAUUGUGGUGACCUAGGCAGCCGCCGAAGUCUGCCACAGUACUCCUCGUUUACCUUAAUAUUAGAUACUUUAUACCAGAACCCUAUAAGCAAUAUUCGAGCACCCUUAUCAAAUUAAAAACGAUAAAAACCAAAAAGGAAGAAGUAAUCGAAGGUUAUAAUUCAAAUCGGUCAACUAGCAGCUUACUAGCAGAGUAGUUCGGACGGUAGACGGAAGACGAAGGACGAAGGACGAAAGAUAGAAGAUGGAAGAUAGAAGAAAGAUCUCAACUCAAUAGAAUUUUUUUCAACAGUUAUAUACAUAUACAUAUAUAUCUACUUACUUAUUAUCUGACCUUUUCCGGGCUACUAGUAUAGCGGGACGAGCGAGAAAGAGAACACGGAGGAGUCUUUCCAAGUUGUAACUUUUACUGAAUUGCAAUUGAAACAACCAACAAAACCAAAAGCAACACCGACAAAAGACAAAAGAGAGCAAAACGGAAGAGAGACAAGGGAUGAGAGAUGAGAGAACAAACAAACGGAAACAAAAAGGAAAAAACAAAAGGUUUAAGAAAGAAAUCCAAAACGUAACUUAUAGUAAAAAUCUGACACAACGAAUAUUAUGGAACAUAAGUAGAAAUUCUAUAUAUACACAGAUCAAAUAAGCAUAUAUACAGAAUGGAAGGGAGGAAAGGAGAAAGGGCAAAUUAUAUAUAUAUACAUAUACAUACAUAUGAUCUAUAUGAACUACGAGUAUAAUACAUAGCGAGCAGAACCAAUUUGCAUGUUUUUGGUAAUAUCUACUUUAAGGCAUCGUUUUAGGGCUCUAGAGUUUAUAUACACACCCUUACCGCAUCCAUACAUAACUAGAUGUACGAGUAUUACGAGUAUUAGUCUGUAUUCAAAGAGAACUCUCUCUCCAACCACACCCCCACACGCCAUUCGAGGAGGACAUAUGGACAGAUAGACAGAUAGACAGAUGAACAAAUGAACAAAUGAACAGAUGGACGGCUCACUUCAAGUCUAGAAAACUAAUCAAUUAGUGAACUUAUAGCACUUCCUGUAACUCCCUAUAUCUCUCUCGCUCUUAGGCUCUUUUUAAAUAUUGUACUCAACGAUCAAGAUUAGCGAUUGGAAAUUGGAUAUACUCUCAGCAAGAUGUAGGCGGACGAAGGCUAAGACAAGGCAAAGAAGAACCAUUUUAAAACGGCUAAGGCAACUUUACACUCUAACCCAGUUUAAGAUGGGUAUUACUUCCAUAUUAUGCUCUAACUCGAUAAACAAAAACUACUUCAAUUACUUAGAAAUGAUUAAAAUUAAUGAGAAAACAAUUUAGAAACAUAUCACAAGGACAAUACUUAAACAUAACUAAAAACAAGUACAUUCAAAAUAUAAU